AUGGCCAAGACAAACUGUACAAUAAUUUCACAUUUUAUUUUCCUGGGGUUUUCCCCCUAUCCCAAAGUGGAGAUCAUCCUAUUUGUGCUGUGUCUGCUGAUGUACUUGAUCACCUUGCUGGGCAAUAUUAUCCUGAUCUCCGUCAGCAUCUGGGAUCCUCACCUUCACACCCCCAUGUACUUCUUCCUCAGCAACCUCUCCUUUCUGGACAUCUGGUAUACCUCUUCUGCGCUCACUCCAAUGCUAGCAAACUUUGCUUCAGGACAAAACACCAUCUCUUUCUCAGGAUGUGUUGUGCAGAUGUACUUCUCUCUUGCCAUGGGCUCUACUGAGUGUGUGCUCCUGUCCAUGAUGGCGUAUGACCGGUAUGUAGCCAUCUGCAAUCCCCUGAGAUACCCCGUCAUCAUGAACAAGAGAGUUUGUGUACACAUUGCAGUUGGCUCCUGGGUGACAGGCUGCCUCACUGCCCUGGUGGAAACAAUGUCUGUACUGCAGUUAUCUCUCUGUGGUACUAACAUCAUCAAUCAUUUCACUUGUGAAAUUCUGGCUGUCUUGAGACUGGUUUAUGUGGACACCUCCACGGUAGAAUUUCUCAUGCUGGUGGUCAGCAUCCUUCUCCUUCCCAUGCCAAUGGUCCUCAUCUGUAUCUCUUAUGCCUUCAUCCUGUCCAACAUCCUGAGAAUCAGCUCAGCGGAUGGCCGAAGCAGAGCCUUCUCAACGUGCGCCGCCCACCUGACUGUGGUAGUUUUGUUCUACGGCACGGCUCUCUCUAUGUACCUGAAGCCCUCAGCUAUAGAUUCACAGGAAGUAGAUAAAUUUAUGGCUUUGCUCUAUGCGGUUUUGAUUCCCAUGUUGAAUCCAAUCGUCUAUAGUCUUAGGAAUAAAGAGGUAAAAACGGCUGUGAAAAGACUGCUGGUUAGAAACCGUCUUUGUGCUCUCUAUUCCCAGUAG